AUGGGAGACCAGAACUGCACCCACUCUGUGACUGAGUUUGUCAUUCUCGGCUUCUCUAACAACCCAGACACGAAUCUCAUUCUGUUUGUGGUGUUUCUAUGCAUUUACAUUGUCACAGUGCUGGGCAACAUCCUCAUCAUCAUCGUCAUAUAUGUCGAUUUGACCCUUCACACGCCCAUGUACUUUUUCCUUAGGAACUUGUCCUUCUUGGACCUCUGUUACACCUCAGUCACUCUACCCAAGAUGCUGGCCAACCUCCUCUCAGAGAAUAAAAAUAUUUCCUUUUCCAGUUGUGCUGUACAGAUGUUUUUCUUUCUAUUCUUCGGCAUUACUGAAUGCUUUCUCCUGGCUUCUAUGGCUUAUGACCGCUAUAAUGCAAUAUGCAGCCCAUUGCGCUACACUGCCAUCAUGAAUAAGAGGGUUUGCAUCCAGCUGACAGGUGGUUCGUGGAUCUGUGGCACGCUGGUGGCCAUGGGACACACAACUUCUGUCUUCACACUUCCUUUUUGUGGGUCCAAUGUGAUCAACCACUUUUUCUGUGAUAUCCAGCCGGUGCUGAAGCUGGUGUGCUGGAACACCUACUGGAUUGAGAUCCAGAUCAUCGUGGGUGCUGCCUUCGCCCUUAUGAUGCCAUUGUUUCUGAGCCUGGUGUCCUACAUCUGUAUCAUCUCCACCAUCCUGAGAAUUAGGUCCACUGAAGGCAGGCGUAGAGCCUUCUCCACCUGCUCCUCACACCUCAUCGUGGUGACAUUGUGCUACGGGACGGCCUUUAUCAUAUAUGUACGUCCCAAGUCCAGCUACGGUAUGGGUGUGGACAAGUUGUUCUCUCUUUUCUAUUCAGUGGGAAUUGCCCUCUUGAACCCCAUUAUCUACAGCUUCAGGAGCAAGGAGGUGAAAGAUGCUUUGAGGAAAAUAGCAAUGAAAAUCUUUUUAAAAGAAUCAAAUAAUUUUCCCUCAGUCACAUAA